CUUUCUUCGGCUUCAAGCCGUAUUUUACAUUUCUCGUAUUAAUUUUUUUAGUGUUCAUUAAAAUUAAAGAAUAUCGGAAUUUCAAGAACAUCGAGACAUAAAUCAACAUAAUGGAAUCUUCAAAGUACUAUUUAGAUAAUUUACUGGUAAAAUGGAUUUUAAAAAUGUAUCAAAAUUAUGAAUGGACUUUAACAUUCUCAGAUAAGCGUGUUGCUGAUUGGCCACUUAUGCAAUCGCCUAUCCCUACUGUGGCUUUAAUCCUCAUCUAUCUUAGUACUGUUCGCUAUGGACCACAGAUAAUGAAAUCUAGACAACCCUUUGAAUUGCGUUGGGUGCUUGUGUUUUACAACCUCUUUAUGACUCUUCUCAAUUUCUAUAUUGCAGUGGAGUUACUAAUAUGUGCCAUUCAAAGGAAAUACAACUGGUCUUGUCAAUUAGUUGACCACUCAGAUAAUCCAUAUGAAAUUCGAAUUGCUAAAGCAUUAUGGUGGUACUACUUUUCUAAGCUAUUGGAAUUUUGUGAUACAUUUUUCUUUAUCCUGAGAAAGAAAAAUAAUCAACUUACAUUCCUUCACAUUUACCAUCAUUCAACAAUGUUUGGCCUUUGGUGGAUUGGAGUAAAGUGGGUUCCUGGUGGAUCAUCUCUACCUGGAGCCAUGGCUAAUUCAUUCGUCCAUGUACUAAUGUAUUUAUAUUACACUUUAUCUGCAAUUGGGCCUGCCAUACAACCAUAUUUGUGGUGGAAAAAAUAUCUAACUAUAAUCCAGUUGAUUCAAUUUGUCUUAGCUGUAAUCAUGGGAAUAAAAGCAAUAAUUUAUGACUGCCAGUUCACAAGGUGGAUGCAAUAUGCUUUAGUAGCAUAUUCAUUUUCUUUUAUAGUUCUAUUUGGAAAUUUUUACCGUAAUUCAUAUUCAAAGAAGAAAGCUCAGAAAAAAGAAUAAAAAACAGUGGAGCUACCGACACUGGAAAAUGCAAUGAAUGCCUGAAUAAUAAGUCAACUCCUCAAAAGACUUGUGUUCAGACUAAUUUUACUGAAUAUUGAUUAAAGAAUUUAUUUCAUAUUGAUUCUUCUGCUGUUACAAAAAGUUAUAUCUACAUAAGUGAUAUUUUAAUAGAUAUGAAUCAUUUCUCUAGAAAUUUAUUAUUAUUGAUCUUGCUUAUUUAUAUUUUUAUUUAUUCCAUUGUUAUUUUACACUGAUUAGAUUGUUUUGGAUCUUAUCAUUUCUGACAUUAAAAAAGAUUUA